CACCAGUUCUAUUUGCCGCUACAUCCCGGCUCUCAGUGAGACGAGGAUAAACCAGACAGACAGUGGCUGCGGGUCAGGAAAGACCCCAUUACAGUCUGAAAUGUCUACAAAGGGGUUGGGCCUGCCCCUACCUCAGCCCUAAAGGAAUGACAGCCAGGCUCCUGGGGAGGGCAGUUCCACUUCCUGUGUGGCUGCAGAUGACAAAACCCCAUGACAAGAAGGACCCAGCUUCUGAGUGACCACACCUGUGUGUCUCUGUCCUGCCAGUACCAAGGGCUCAUCCAUCCGCAGAGCAGGGCAGUGGGAGGAGACGCCAUGACCGCCAUCCUCAUGGUCCUGAUCUGUCUCGGGCUGAGUCUGGGCCCCAGGAUCCACGUGCAGGCAGGGACCCUUCCCAAGCCCACUCUCUGGGCUGAACCAGGGUCUGUGAUCAGCGAGGGGAGUCCUGUGACUCUCAGGUGUCAGGGGAGCUUUCAGGUUCAUGAGUACCAUCUAUAUAGGGAAAAAAAACCAGCAUCCUGGGUUAGACGGAUACGACAAGAGCUUGUCAAGAAGGGCUAUUUCGCCAUUGCAUCCAUCACCUGGGAACAUGGAGGGCGGUAUCGCUGUAUCUAUGGUAGCUACACUGCAGUCUGGUCAGAGCCCAGUGACCCCCUGGAGCUGAUGGUGACAGGAGCCUACAGCAAACCCACCCUCUCAGCCCUGCCCAGCCCUGUGGUGACCUCAGGAGGGAAUGUGACCCUCCAGUGUGUCUCACAGGUGGCAUUUGACCGCUUCAUCCUGUGUGAGGAAGGAGAAGAUGAACACCCACAACAUCUCAACUCCCAGUCCCAUGCCCAUGGCUGGUCCUGGGCCGUCUUCUCUGUGGGCCCCGUAAGACCGAGUCGCAGGUGGUGGUACCGGUGCUAUGGUUAUGACUCACGCGCUCCCUAUGUGUGGUCUUUACCCAGUGAUCUCCUGGAGCUCCUGGUCCCAGGUGUUUCUAAGAAGCCAUCACUCUCAGUGCAGCCGGGUCUUGUUGUGGCCCUUGGGGAGAGUCUGACCCUCCAGUGUGGCUCUGAUGCCGGUUACGACAGAUUCGCUCUGUACAAGGAGUGGAGAUGUGACUUCCUCCAGCGCCCUGGCCGGCAGCCCCAUGCUGGGCUCUCCCAGGCCAACUUCACCCUGGGCCCUGUGAGCCGCUCCCACGGGGGCCAGUACAGAUGCUACGGUGCACACAACCUCUCCUCCGAGUGGUCGGCCCCCAGUGACCCCCUGGACAUCCUGAUCUCGGGACAGAUCCGUGCCAGACCCUCCCUCUCGGUGCAGCCGGGCCCCAAGGUGGCCUCAGGAGAGAACGUGACCCUGCUGUGUCAGUCACGGGGGCAGUUCCAUACUUUCCUUCUGACCAAAGAGGGGGUAGCCCAUCCCCCACUACAUCUAAGAUCAAUGCAGGAAUCUUAUAAGUACCAGGCUGAAUUCUCCAUGAGUCCUGUGACCUCAGCCCACGCGGGGACCUACAGGUGCUACGGCUCACGCAGCUCUGACCCCUACCUGCUGUCUCACCCCAGUGACCCCCUGGAGCUCGUGAUCUCAGGACCCUCCGGGAGUCCCAGCCCACCACCCACCGGUCCCACCCCCACACCUGCAGGCCCUGAGGACCAGCCCCUCAACCCCAUGGAGUCGGACCCCCAGAGUGGUCUGGGAAGGCACCUGGGGGUUGUGACCGGCGUCUUGGUGGCCUUCGUCCUGCUGCUCUUCCUCCUCCUCCUCCUCUUCCUCGUCCUCCGACAUCGAGGUCAGGGCAAACGCUGGACAUCGGCCCAGAGAAAGGCUGGUUUCCAACAUCCUGCAGGGGCUGUGGAGCCAGAGCCCAGAGACAGAGGCCUUCAGAGGAGGUCCAGUCCAGCUGCCGACACCCAGGAAGAAAAUCUCUAUGCUGCCGUGAAGGACACACAGCCUGAGGACGGGGUGGAGCUGGACAGUCGGAGCCCAUAUGAUGAAGACCCCCAGGCAGUGACGCAUGCCCUGGUGAAACACUCCACACCUAGGAGAGAAAUGGCCUCUCCUCCCUCCCCACUGUCCGAGGAGUUCCUGGACACAAAGGAUACACAGGUGGAAGAGGACAGGCAGAUGGACACUGAGGCUGCUGCAUCUGAAGACCCCCAGGAUGUGACCUAUGCCCAGCUGCAGAGCUUGACCCUCAGACGGGAGGCAACUGAGCCUCCUCCAUCCCAGGAAAGGGAACCUCCAGCUGAGUCCAGCGUCUACGCCACCCUGGCCAUCCACUAUUUCCCUUUCUGUGGGCUGCUGAUGGAACAACCCCAUGACUAGAAGGACCCAGCCUCCGAGCGGCUACACACCAUGUGUCUCUCUGUGCUGCCGGCACUGAGGACUCAUCCAUCUGCACAGCUGGGGCCACCGGGAGGAGACGCCAUGACCCCCGCCCUCAUGGUCCUGUGCUGCUUAGGGCUGAGUCUGGGCCCCAGGACCUGUGUACAGGCAGGGCCCCUCCCCAAACCCACCGUCUGGGCUGAGCCUGACUCUGUGAUCAGCUGGGGGAGCCCUGUGACCAUCUGGUGUCAGGGGACCUUGGAGGCUCAGGAGUACCGUCUGGAUAAAGAAGGAAGCCCAGCCCCCUGGGACAGACAGAACCCACUGAAACCCAGGAACAAGGCCAAGUUCUCCAUCCCAUCCAUGACACAUCAACAUGCAGGGAGAUAUCACUGUUACUAUCACAGCCAUGCAGACUGGUCAGAGCUCAGUGACUCCCUGGACCUGGUGAUGACAGGAGCCUACAGCAAACCCACCCUCUCAGUCCUGCCGAGUCCUCUUGUGACCUCAGGAGAGAGCAUGACCCUGCUGUGUCAGUCACGGAGCCAGAUGGACACUUUCCUUCUGUUUAAGGAGGGGGCAGCCCAUCCCCUGCUGCAUCUGAGAUCAGAGCACGGAGCUCAGCUGCACAGGGCUGAAUUCCCCAUGAGUCCUGUGACCUCAGUGCAUGGAGGGACCUACAGGUGCAUCAGCUCACGCAGCUUCUCCCACUACCUGCUGUCACACCCCAGUGACCCCCUGGAGCUCACAGUCUUAGGAUCCUUGGAGAGUCCCAGCCCCUCACCCACAAGGUCCAUCUCAGCAGCUGCAGGCCCUGAGGACCAGCCCCUCAUGCCUACAGGGUCAGGCCCCCAGAGUGGUCUGAGAAGGCAGUGGGAGGUACUGAUCGGGGUCUUGGUGGUCUCCAUCCUGCUUCUCUCCCUCCUCUUCUUCCUCCUCCUCCAACACUGGCAUCAGGGCAAACACAGGACAUCAGCCCAGAGACAGGCUGAUUUCCAACGUCCUCCAGGGGCUGCGGAGCCAGAGCCCAAGGACAGGGGCCUACAGAGGAGGUCCAGCCCAGCUGCUGACGUCCAGGGAGAAAACCCCAAUGCUGCCAUGAAGGACACACAGCCUGAGGAUGCGGUGGAGCUGGACAGUCGGCAGAGCCCAUAUGAUGAAGACCCCCAGGCAGUGACAUAUGCCCAGGUGAUACACUCCACACCUAGGAAAGAAAUGGCCUCUCCUCCCUCCCCACUGUCCGAGGAGUUCCUGGACACAAAGAGUACACAGGCGGAAGAGGACAGGCAGAUGGACACUGAGGUGGUCCUUUCCUCUCCAGGCCCCCAGCCCUCCCCCACCCCCACCACAUUCCUUCCCUCUCACUCUCCCCCACUGCAGGCUGCUACAUCUCAAGCCCCCCAGGAUGUGACCUAUGCCCAGCUGCAGAGCUUGACCCUCAGACGGGAGGCAACUGAGCCUCCUCCACCCCAGAAACGGGAACCUUCAGCUGAGCCCAGCGUCUACGCCACCCUGGCCAUCCACUAAUCCAGGGAGGACCCAGAUCCCACAAACCAUGGAGACUCAGGACCCCAGAAGGCAUGGAAGUUGCCCUUAGUGGACAUCAUUGAACCCCAGCCAGCCUAGUCCCCUAACACAGACCACUAGAAGAUUCUGGGAACUUUGGGCUUCACCUGAUUCUGCAAAGAUAAAUAGUAUCCCAGCAUUACCAAAAUAAAGUAGCAGACUUCUCAGUUCACAAUGAGUUAACUGAUGAAAAAAAAAAAAAACAGAAGUCAGAAAAUGUUUUAAAUUGAAUGAUCAUGUAAAUAUUACACAUCAAAUCAAUGACAUGGGAAAAUGGGAGCUUCUAAUGAGGACAAACAAAAAAUAAGGAAAAAUUAAUAAAGUCAAAAGUUUAUUCUUGAAAA